AUGAAUGCCGGACCCUCUAAAAGAAACAUAAGAAUUGAAAGAAAGAAGCCAGAGAUACUGAAGAAGCGUCCAGCACCAGAAGUUCCCAAGCGCCCUAAACCAGAAAUUCCAAAACGUCCGAAACUCCGUGUACCCGAAAUUCCAGAAACCCAAAAACUAACUGCACAUCCAUCCAAAAAUUUAAUCCGAUCACAGUCAAGCAUUGGUGCUCUUCUGCACAAAGAAGAGCUAAAGAAGAAUAUAGAAAGAUUUCAGAAAGGUGGCAACAUAAGAGAAACUGCUCCGAAAGAAGAAAUUGUUCGCAGCACUUCUUCAUUCCGUUCAGCGCGAACCUUCUGGGAAGAAAAUCAGAAGAAGUAG